UGCGACAGGAGUCAUGCCUGUGAAGUUUUGUCGGAGGGAAUAAACAUUAAAAAAAAUAUCUGUGGAAGUCAUCUCGUAUCCAUGAAAGCCGGUGUGCGUCGCCUUCAGAGGAGGAUGUUAGUGAGUUGGUGUUGGCGGCAGAGCAGGAUCCAUGUCUUUUAGUAGCUACAGGUCUGACAUUUUGAAACAGCAUGCUAGCAGCAGUGGUAAAGUCAGCUAGUCUCCUCUGUUGUGACACGUUUGUUCGCUAGUGAGCUGUUUUGGAGCCUCGCUAUCACAGUUGCAUUGCAGCUGACGUGGUAACCAGUGAUAACCAGUGCGAAUGUGCCUCUUAAUAAGCUAAUAAUCCACAUUAAUUUAAAGUCAGGCUGCUAACCUUGAGGCUUGACAGUCUAAGAUGUGCUCCACCUUGAUGUCCAGAGCCAGAAUAUGCCUGAUCCCCCUAAAUCCUCUAGUCCAUCAUGGAAACUCAGGUUUCUUCACCAUGAAAAUGCUGCCAAAAUCAUCCCAUCCACCUACUGUGGCAUGUGCUCUGUGUACUGAUGGCACUAACUCUAAUCAUGGAGGCAGGGCUGUGGCACAUCGCAGGCAGACAGACACAAGGAACAGCAGACCGACUGGCAGUGGAUCGGACGGGAUAAAAAAUGCCGCCAUCCGACCCAGGGAAAAGGGAUGGAGGAAUGGUGUGCUGGAGGGAAGAGGUGACGGCUCUGCCCUGCAGGAGAGGCCGUCCUUCACCAAGUCCGUGUUUGCUGCUGGGACGGCCAAGAGGCGGGCGGAGAUGCUGAGGAGGAAGGCAGGCCUGGCUGCUCAGGACGGGGAGGAGGAGGAGCAGGAGUCUGCAGGGAGACGGGUUCGAGGAGCAGGAAAGGCGGUGCCUCCAGAGCGGCCGCUCUCUGCCUCCGAGUGGAAGAAGCUGAAAGAGGCAUCGGACAGUCCGCAAAACUUCGACAUCCAGAUGAUGACCGCAAUGUUUCUCUCUGGGGCUGAGCUGGAUAUUGCGAAGUCCCUGCUGACCUUUGUCGCCAUGGAAACGGGGACGCUGUCCUAUCAGCUGCUGUUACGGUACCUGACGCUGUGUGUGAGCAGAGGCCACGACGCCGAGGUGUUUGACGUCUAUGAGAUCAUGCGGAGGAGUUUCCAGUCUCUGGACACGGGAGCCUCCAGCCUCUUCAUCAAGUCGUUCAGCCGGACGGCGAGGUGGAAGGAGGCCCUCUCUGUCCUGCAGGACAUAAAGAAGGUCCUCACUCCCUCGCCACGCAACUACGGUGACAUCAUAGCUGGGGCAGUGGUGCACAACGACAUGGCCACCGCCUGGGCACUUUAUGAUGAAGUCCUGGAAAAGGGCCUGAGCCCACACCAGGAGACAUGGAGCACUCUGUUUCGAGGAGGAGAGAGGCAGGAGGCCGAGUCGGACCACCAGGAGAAGCUGCUGAGCAUUCUGCUCUACAUGAGGAACAACCAGGUGUACCCUCAGCAGGGCCUCGCCGGCGGCAUCAAGACCUGGUUCGAGAGUCUUGCAGGGCAGAAAUGGAGAGGAAGCUGGACCAGUGUUAACCCAAAGGGUGCGUGUAGGUGUUGUGGGUCACACUUAGAGUCUAUCCAGCUGAGCGCCGAUGAGUUCCAACAGCUGAAAGACAGAGUCAUGGCAGACAUCAUCCAGGGACGAGAUGUCUUCAAAAAGACCACGCCUGAGGAGUUGGAGAGAUUCAAGGCUUUUGUUCAGGGGAAGCCGGCGUUUGAUGUGGUCGUUGACGGCCUGAACGUUGCAAAUAUCACCAAGGGCAAGCAAUCAGAGACGUUGUUGGCAGUGGUGUCGGAGCUGGAGCGGCAGGGCCAGAGAGUGCUGGCUGGUAGAAAACACAUGCUGCAGCCCUCCAGGUCGUGGGAUAGACGCAACAUGAACCUUGUCCAGCAGAAAGCCCACUGCUUUUUCACUGAAAACAUCUCAGAGGACGACCCCUUCCUGCUGUACGCCACGUUGCACUCUGGGAACCACUGUCGCUUCGUGAGCCGGGACCUGAUGAGGGACCACAAGGCCUGCCUGCCCGACGGAGCCACCAGGCGGCUCUUCUUCAAAUGGCAGAGGGGACACCAGCUGGUGGUGGACGGGACGGUGGCAGCGGGCAGGAGGGUCCGAUUUCAGAGUAUUCCCAGCUAUGACACCGUGGUCCAGACCUCAGGAAGCUCGUGGCAUGUUCCCUACGACGACUCGGAGGACAGGAGCUCCUAUGAAGUUCCUCAGAGAUGGCUGUGCCUGGCCAACACACAGUGAACACAGGCAGCGUUUUGCAGUGCUUGUUGUUCAGAGUGUCACUGACUGUACACACGGGCCUGUAAAUAAACUGUUUACACCAA